UUGUGCGCUUGUGUCCGAGCUGCGCACUAGUUGAGCGCCAAACUCUGCAAGCAACCACAACGCUCUAAAAGAGCGCAACACGCAGAGGACUAAGCGGAUCCAUCUUUGCACAUCUCCCUAGUUGUGCUGAUUUUCUAUAUGAAGUGAGCUCACCUGCACGAGUCGCAAUAUUUUUUUUUUCACGAAAAGCCACAAUGAGGGCUGCAUCUAAAGCAAUCGGCUUGGCUGUGACCAUGGCACUCCUGGCAGCAUGCGGAGCCUCCGAGUACGAGUAUCUGAGCUGGAAGCAAGACUCGUACAACGGCGGGCGCAGCUACGGAAAGCCCCCGCAGUGCGUGGACAUCCCGGACGACCUGCGACUAUGCCACAACGUGGGCUACGGUCAGAUGUUGUUGCCUAACCUGCUGGAACACGAGACCAUGGCCGAAGCGAAGCAGCAGGCCGGCAGCUGGGUGCCCCUGGUGCACAAGAACUGCCACCCGGGCACGCAGGUAUUCCUCUGCUCACUCUUCGCGCCGGUGUGCCUGGAAAGGCCCAUCUACCCGUGCAGAUGGCUGUGCGAAGCCGUGCGGGACGGCUGCACCCCCAUCAUGGAGGCGUUUGGCUUCCCCUGGCCGGAGAUGCUUACCUGCGACAAGUUCCCUCAAGACGACGUGUGCAUCGCCAUGUCUCAACCCAAUGCCACAGAAUCCACAAAGCAGACAGGUUACUCUCCAGUCUGCCCUCCCUGUGACAAUGAAAUGAAAACAGAUGCCAUGCUGGAGCAUAUGUGUGCCAGUGAGUUUGCUUUUAAGACUAAGAUCAAGGAGGUGAAGCGAGAGAACUUGGACCGCAAGGUGAGCUUUCAGAAGAGAAAGAAAAUGCUGAAAGCAGGCACUCUGAAGAAGAAGGAUAUGAAGAAGCUGGUGAUGUUCCUGAAGAAUGGCGCAGACUGUCCAUGUCAACAGCUGGACAACUUGGGUAACCAGUAUCUUAUCAUGGGACGCAAGGUUGACAAGCAGUUCCUGCUCACGGGCAUCCACAAGUGGGACAAGUCCAGCAAAGAGUUCAAAAAGGCCAUCAAGAAACUCAAGACCCACAAAUGUCCUGCCUUCGAGAAUGUUUUCAAAUAAGAUAGCUUCCCUUCAACUGGUAGUUUCCACCAUCAUAUGAACUUGCACAAGCAUUAAACUCUGAAACCUUUGCUUUUUUUUUUUUUUUUUUUUUUAAUUGUCUUGUUUAUAUCUACAUAUCUUUUUUUGUUUACAUAUAUCAUUUGAAAUCUGAUUGAGUGAUGGCAUCAAAGUUGAAGACUCACAUUUAUAUUUUCAUCAGAGAAACCCCCUAGUUUCUUGUUUUCCCAGUUUCCACAAUAUGUAUGUAGACACUUUCUCAAAUGUUGAUAUCUUUUAAGUAAGAUAGUUUUUUUUUUGUUUUUUUUGUCCUGAAUCUUCGUAAUGAGCUAUGUAACAAUCAAGCUUGGGUGAGAGCUUGUUUCUUGUUCAUUUUAUGAGACCUAGACCACAAAACCGAGACUGGUUUUGUUAUUUCCUUCCAGAUUACACCAAAUAAACUGUUAAUGAUUUGAAAGACUCUUAUGUUAGUAUUUUAACUUUUAACAAUUCAGAGCACAUCAUGUUUCCCUAAAGGAUAAGUGAAAAAUGACCGUUGCUAUGAGAUGAAUCAGUCCUUGAUUAACUUUUUAUUGUCAUGCUAUUCGCAAACUCUCACAGAAACCAAAAAUUCAGCUCGCAGCAUAGAGUAUUUUUGCCAGUGUGUCAUCAUGCGAUUUUGACCUUUUCUUGUGUGCAUUUGCAGUAAUCGUUAUUAAGCUCAAUUGAAAUUGUUUUCAGUUUGACAUUUUUCAAAUGAAAAUGGGAAACUGUUCUCUAGAGUGUUUUGCUUGAUAUUUCUGGUCUUUUAGCACUAUUUUGUGUGCAUUUCUGACUAUUAUAUGUACAUACAAAUUUUACAUA